UUAGUAAUCAGUUAUCAUUCUGACGGCUUUAGUGAAUAUUACUUAUGAGAUUGUUUGCUAGUAUAUUUUAUGUUGUUUAUAAAUUAAUAUAACACAUUAUAUUAGGUAUAUUAUGUACUUCAUAAUGAAUUUUUUGUUAUUGUUGUUGACUGUUUGCAUAGCUAUGGCAGUAUAUGGAAGAGAUUUGAUUCGAACCUCACCUAAUUAUCGGCAAAGGAUAUCACCUGCUCAAAUUACAAUAGAAUCUGAAAGUAAAUAUACUAGCAAUAAUGGUUUUUAUUCAGGAGACAAUAAUGUUGCAACAUAUGUUCCCAACACUGUGAAUAAAAUGUGGAUACGGAACAUAUUUUCUGCGCGGAAAAUUAAGGGUUCCGAUAAGAUUAAUCAGAACGGCUUAAUCAUUGGUAAAUAUAACUCUACUACAACAAAGGCCAUUCCAAAGCAAAACAUCGAAAUGGUAUUGAUACAACCCAAGUUGAGGCAGUGUCUAGAAGGAAUGGUUCGAGACACUAAAGGAGAAUGCACUAAUGGAUUUGAGAACUGAAAAUAUUGUUUCUGCAUAUUAAUAAUUUUAAAAUGGAGAAUUUUAUAAAAAUUAAUUAAUUUACAUCUGUUUUAUUGUACAAAACCAAUUUUAUUUUUUGUAAAUUGUUCGUUUAAAAUGUUAACAUGUUUAACAAUUAAGAACACAUACGUUUAUUAUAAUACCGUUUCUACACUAUGAACAUUUUUUGAUAUCUACUAUUUAUAUUGACUGAUGAAUAUUAAUUGUUGAUAUGACAAAUUAAUUAGCAAUAUAUUUCUUGACAAAUUAAAGAUUGAUGUUGACUUAAAAAUAUAGUAUACAAAAAUCUUACA